AUGGCCUCUGAACGGGACGACUCCAACACAACAAGGAAUUUGACCAACCAGUUCGUGCAGCCGCCGUGGCGCAUCGCGCUGUGGUCGGUGGCGUACAGCACGGUGCUGGCAGUGGCAGUUUUCGGGAACUUGAUUGUGAUUUGGAUUAUUCUGGCGCACAAGCGGAUGAGAACCGUCACCAACUAUUUCCUGCUGAACUUGGCUUUCUCCGAUGUUUCGAUGGCUGCAUUUAACACCCUCAUCAACUUCAUCUACGCGGCUCAUGGGGAGUGGUAUUUUGGAGAGGUGUACUGCAGGUUCCACAACUUUUUCCCGGUCACCGCUGUGUUUGCCAGCAUCUACUCCAUGACAGCGAUAGCCAUCGACAGGUACAUGGCCAUCAUCCAUCCUCUGAAGCCUCGUCUGUCAGCAAAAGCCACCAUGGGAGUUAUUGUCUGUAUCUGGAGUCUGGCCGUGGUUCUGGCCUUCCCUCUCUGCUACUUCUCCACCACCCGAACUCUGCCUCGCAGGACCCUCUGCUACGUGGCCUGGCCCCGCAUGGCCGAUGACCCCUUCAUGUAUCAUAUCAUAGUUACAGUUCUGGUUUAUGUGCUGCCAUUAGGGGUGAUGGGCGUCACUUACACCAUCGUGGGGGUGACUCUGUGGGGAGGGGAGAUCCCAGGAGACUCAUCUGACACCUAUCAUGGACAGCUUAGAGCCAAACGGAAGGUGGUGAAGAUGAUGAUCAUUGUAGUGGUGACCUUUGCCCUCUGUUGGCUCCCCUAUCAUGUCUACUUCAUUGUGACAGGUCUCAACAAGAGUCUGAGCAGGUGGAAGUACAUCCAGCAGGUUUACCUGUCAGUGCUGUGGCUGGCAAUGAGCUCCACCAUGUACAACCCCAUCAUCUACUGCUGCCUCAACAGCAGGUUCCGCGCUGGCUUCAAGCGAGCUUUCCGCUGGUGUCCCUUUGUGCGGUUCUCAAGUUAUGAUGAGCUUGAGCUCCAAAAUACAAGACAUCGACCGGGUCAUCAGAGCAGCAUGUGCACCCUCUCUCGGGUUGACACCAGCAUCCUCAGUAAGGACAAAAGCCUUUGUUCUCGUGGACAAAGGUCAAGACUCAACUCUGAGCUCAAUAAUAAAGACAGUUAG